UCUCUCUCCUCUCGGAAUAUUUCCCCUAAAAAAAAAAAAAACAAGAACAAGAAAAAGAGAACUCCGAAAUUUCCUUACAAUCGGUUUAUCAAUGAUCAUCAUCAACUACCGAGGAAGAAAAACAACGCAAUAGAAAGAUUCGGUUACUCCGAUUUAUAUUGCUCUCGUUGAUUUUGUAUUUCGUCUGUUUGGAGGUCUAGAGAGAGAGAGAGGAGAUGGAGAAAAUGAUGAAUAUGUUGAUGCCGAAAGCAAACUCGCAACAACAGUUGAGGGACUGGCAGCGACGUCUCCGCCAAGAGUCUCGCAACAUUGAACGCCAAAUUCGAGAUAUACAGAGAGAAGAGAAGAGUGUACAGAAAGCAAUUAGGGAAGCUGCCAAGCGAAACGACAUGGGCUCUGCCAAGGCACUUGCUAAGGAGAUUGUGAUGUCUAGACGAUGUGUGAACCGUCUUUACGAAAACAAGGCGCAACUAAAUUCAAUAUCAAUGCACCUUGGGGAGAGUGUUGCAAUUGCCCGCACGGUGGGGCAUUUAUCCAAGAGUGCUGAGGUCAUGAAGCUUGUCAAUAACCUCAUGAAGGCUCCAGAAGUUGCUAUCACAAUGCAAGAGUUCAGUAAGGAAAUGAUGAAGGCGGGGAUAAUUGAGGAGACUGUAAAUGAAGCCGUUGACUCAGCGUUAGAUUCAGAAGAUAUAGAAGAGGAGAUUGAAGAAGAAGUUGAGAAGGUCUUGACUGCACUUGCUGGUGAGACUGCAGCUCAGCUUCCUGAAGCAGUCAGGAAGGAGAAACUAAAGCAACCAGCCAGAGUUGCAGGAGCUGAGGUGGAGGAUGAGGCGAUAGCUGAGGGUGCUGACGAUGAAGAAGAACUUGAAGAAAUACGGGCGCGACUUGCCAGAGUUAGGUCAUAGUCAAGUGUUCAAUUUCAUCUCGGUUACAGGUUGCAGCAGGUAAAACCUAGUUUACCUCUUGAGAAAGAGAUGAAAGAAAGUGUCCAUGUUAUAUAAUUCUACCAAGAUCAGGAGCUUUUAGUUGACACGUUUGGCGGUUGUUUGUGCGAUAAAUAUGAGAUGGAAUUGCGGUUUGUGUAAUCUCUAUAGACACUUAGGAUCUGGUCUCUCUCCGGUCGUUCUGUUGAGUCCGCAUGUUGGUGGGCUCAAUCCGGUCCUACGUUGAUUGAUCCAGGCAUUUGUAUGACCCGCUGAGUAGAUCAUUUGUGAAAAAAACGGAUGUGAUCAGAUAUUGGUAGCCAAGUAAAUCCCUUUGCCCGAUGAAAA